AGCGUUGCAACGGCAAGCGUGCUUUUUGGUCAGCCUGCUGCUUGUAAAAAUUGUGUAUACCUAACGACGCAAUUAAUACAUAAAUUGAGAAAAUAUAGAAAAGCACAUUACAUUAGAAGCUGUGACCACCUAUAUAAAUAAAUAUAUACAAAUUCAACAUGCCCCGCUAUCGUGAAUGGGAUCUAGCCUGCAAAGUCUACGUGGGCAAUUUGGGCUCAUCAGCCUCAAAAUAUGAGAUUGAAAAUGCAUUCAGCAAAUACGGACCUCUACGCAAUGUGUGGGUCGCACGCAAUCCACCAGGUUUUGCCUUUGUUGAGUUUGAAGAUCGACAUGAUGCUGAGGAUGCAACCCGUGGACUAGAUGGCACACGCUGUUGUGGAACACGCAUACGUGUAGAAAUGUCUUCGGGCCGCUCACGCGAAGGACGCGGCGGUGGUGGCGGCGGCGGCGGAGGAGGCAGGCGUGGUGGACGCAGUGGUAGCGGAGGCGGUGGAGCUGCUGCUCGCGGUGCUGAUGCUGGCGGACGUUACAGGAUAAAGUCUACUUCUACUACAAGCACAACAAGAACAACAACAGCUACUACUACUACUAGAACUUCUACUACUCCUCCUCUUCCUUCAACAAGUACAACUACUACAACAACAACUACAACUUCACGUCUCAUAACUACUACAACAACAGCAACAAUAGCUCCUGCUCCUCCUAUUACAACACACAUUUUACCACCACCAACAACUACAACAACAUCAACAAAAACAACAACACUACCAACAAAAUUCCUCGGCUUUAUGUUGCCAAUUGCCAAUUUCAACAAAUACGAUAUAUUCCGCUGACUGCAACAACAACAAAAACAACAACGACAGCAACACAUCACAUGAACUACAUCAUAGCACAAAUAAAAACAACAACAAUAACACACGCUCCUCUUUGCAAGCCCCCCAAAAAUGUGAAAUGCAUUUAUAUACAAGCUGUGCGCAAUUAACAGCAACGGGCUGUGCCGUCACUCAUCAGCUCAGCAACUGUCUGCAACAGCAACAAGAGCCUCAGCAGCGUCAUCAUCAACAUCAACAACAACUACAAUAAUACAGUCUCUUACUCACACACUCAUUCAUACACACACACAUACAUACAUAAAAACACACUCAUACUCACUCAUUUAACCAAUGUGAUUGAGGCCAGUUAAAUGGGCAAAUGUACGAGCAGCCAGUUGUCGCUACAUCACCAACAAUUACAACAGCAACCACGACUACAAUAAUAAUUAUUAUUAUAAUAAUAACAGCAAGAAGAAGCAAACUUCAAUUAUCAUCAUUAGCUUUCUCAUAUAACACUUAUCACCACCCACAUCACAACUAUUUACAUCUACAACAAACCCACCAAUACCAAUUACAACAACAGCAAGAAAUACAACAACAAGCAAGAGCUACAACUGACCACCUCAGCCUAAAAUCAGCAGCAAGCAAUCAAACAAUUUUUAACUCCAACUACACCAACCAAUAUCAAACAAUCAAUCAACCAACCAACCAAUCAACCAAGCAAGCAACCAAUCAACCAAUAUAUCAAGCAACCCACCAAAUAAAUAAUCAAACAGUCAACGCUUUCAACAACAGCCAGCUAGACAACUUCAAAUCAACUUCAGUCUUCAGUUAUCAACGCCUCUCAGCGUGUUAAUGAUGCUGCCGCUCAACUCAGCCUUACACCAACCAACCAACCAACCAGCUGCUGCUUCUUCUUCUUCUAGUAUUACUUGCGUCUGUUUUAUGUCCUUCUAUUGAAAACAGCAGCAUCAUCUAGUCAUCUAAAGCAACUACAAGAACAACAGCAACCUAUCAGCCUACAACUACAACAGCUACAACAACAACAACAACUACUACAUGCAUCAGCUGCAAUAUUAAUCAGAGAAACAACAAUAAGUAGUUACAGUUUAGUCCUUUUUCAAAAUCAUCAUUAAUUAACAGCUGCUGUUAAAUUUAGCUUUCGACUCGAGCAUGACUCUUACGAGUUACAUACAUAUAUGUAUGUAAUGUAUGCACCUUAACUUUUCCCUCGUUCGAAGCUGUUACUGCUGGCUCACUUGCAUCAAAAUCAGAACUCACAUCUUCAAAACAUUGUGCUGCAACUUCAACAACAGCUACUCCAACAACAACAGCAACAACAACAACCGCAAAAAUCUCACCAACCACUUCAACUUCGUCUAUCACGUGAGCUAUAUAUGAACUUAUAUAGCGUAUGUAAGCAUUUAACACGCAGAAAGCAAAACUUAACAAUUAGC